AUGUCCAACAUCAUGAUGUCGCCACCAGCAUCAUCUGGGCAGCGCCCUCGGCGGUGUCGAGGCAGCCUUGAAUACGAACAGCGUCGUCCCGCUGCCGACGAGCUACUGGACGCCCCCGUCAACUGGGAUACUGUUGACUACGUCAUCGACUGCGUCGUGUGGGCGGUGAGCUACGCUUGCUACGAUGGUGAGACGUGGCUCGCCCCAAUGCUCAAGACGGCCUUCUUCUGCGACUUUGCGCAAAGCAUCAUCCGACGAUCCGGAGUGCCCGUACCUGUGAUUCUGACCUGCCUCGCCUAUGUGGAGAAGGCAUCGCGUGUCAUGGAGCCUAUGCCCAUUGACUGGGCUUGCGAGCGUGUAUUUCUUGGAGCACUCUUGUUGGCGGCAAGGAGUACGGCUGAAUACCGCCACUACGACGACUCGUGGUGGGCGCGACUUACAGGUGUACUCUCGGCCAGCGAUGUCGGCAACAUCGACUACGACUUCCGCCAGCUGAUAGGAUACGACUUCCAAGUGCAUGAGCACGAUGUCAUCAAGCACUGCGACGCGAUUGUGGACCGCUGUGGACAGCAAGCCGGCUACUGGUCGAACCCGCCAUUCGCAGAGGACAGGCUGCGGUAUACACAGCAUGCGUCCCCUAUGGGCUCUCGGUACGCAUAUCCCUCCAGCGGCUCGUCCACGAACACUGGCUGCGCCUCUUUGGGCUCUUACUGGAACACAUGUCCAGUCCAUCCCGGCAGCCACGCGUCACCUUCUGCCGUAGGAGACUGGUAUCGCGACGAGGUGGCGGAACCCAUGUCCACGUCACAACUCCCGCCAUUCAGAUACCCAGAGCUCCCGGAUACAGAACAGCUCCCGCCUAUCAGGGAUCUGUUGCCGCCGCACAUCAAAAAUCUCCUUCCACCUGGGCCAUCCGAGUAUCCUCGACUGCCACAUGAAGUCCCACAAAACGUCGCUCGGACCCCCGACGAACAUCCGGGAUUACUUUUCAAAGUGGAGUCGCCAUCGUUCUGCACACUCUACUAG